ACGUGAGAUUUUUGAUUUGAUUUGUUUUGUCGGAACUUGUCUUGUCGGAAUUUCCUCUCCAUUUGCAAGCAUUUGUGGACGCGUCGUUCUGGCCAGGUUCUAAAUCAAACUAAGGAUCGGAGUGUAAAUCAGAAUGCCGGUGGUGGAGCUGUGCGUGGACCGCAGCCUGGUGUGUCCCAACUUCGAUGGCUACAAGCUGUCCUUCGAUCCGGUGCCGGUGCUCCGGCAGGAAAUCGAGUGCGAGCCACUGCAUCUGCAACCGCACCGGGAUCAGUACUCGCUGCUGCAUGUGGAGCUCUUCGGCCGGCACAAUCACCUGGUCGCCGAUCCCUGGCAGCGCCACUGCAGCUACUACAUCAAUGUGCGCCACCAACUGGUGCAGUGCCUCUACGAUCCGCAAAGUGGGCAUUCACUUGGCCAGCGGGUUGUCUACACCAUCGACUAUCGUGACCAGGGCGAUGGAUUCCAGCAUUUGGAGGGGGACUACAACUACUCGAUGUGCUUCGUUUCGGAGCGAUUCUGUGUGAUCUGCGAUGGGAUGACCUCGUACCACCUGGUGGACACCGGCGAUCGAUCGCGAAUCGGUGAGCAGACAUGGGAACGGAUCACUCGCACGCCGGUGAAUCAUACCAGUGAGUAUCGCGGAUUUUUGCUCUACGACGCCCGGCUGGAUGUGGUGCAGGAACGCAAGCAAAUCUCUCUGCUGGCCGGCCAUGUGGCGCGCCGGGAAAAGGUCACGGCCAGAGAGCGAACACACGUCUAUUACAUGGAUUUGACAUGGGGACGCUGGACCCAAUCGCUGGCCAACGGCGAGUGGUCAUAUAUCGUCUGCCAGCGACUAGAGACCACUGGCAUGGUUCUUUACUGCGCCUUUGAGUCGCGCGCCGAGUCCCUGAUCAUUGCCAGCAAUCGCGAGUUGCAGACACCCGAGCAGCGCCGGGAAUCCGAUGAUGCAGACGCUGUAGCUCCCGUUCUAGCGGAUCCACCAGUUCCUCCAGUUAUCCAGGUGGAAAAUGGCGACCAACCACACUAUCGUUGGACUCAGACAAAUGAAAAUGUGCACAUCCGUUUCGAAGUGCCCACUACUGCCACCAAAGACGACUUCAGCGUAAGCUGUACAAAUACAUAUGUUGAAGUAAAAUAUCUGGACGAGGUGCUCUUUACCGGGGAAUUAUACGCCAGUUUGAACGACGAUUUUACCUCCUGGACCUUGGAGGCGGAAGGUCUGGAAGGCUUGGAAGUGACGCUGUCAAAAGAUGAAAGACAGCACUGGCCACGAUUGCUCGCACAGGGGGAAAAUGGCGAAGAGGGCGCUGCCCCGCUGCCCAUUCCCAAUCUCGAGGAUCCCAUUGAGGAGUGCGACCUGGGACUGGUUGACGAGGACAUUAAGAUGGUGCGCUUCAAUCUGUCCAAAAGGUGCAUUACCCACACCAUUUUCCUGGGCUCCAAUCCACUGCUGUUCACCGCCACGCUGCGUCCUGGAUUUCCGGCCGCCUUUGCCACACGCCAGGGCGUCGAUGCUUCCAUAUGGCUGCAGAAGUACCAGCCGAGUCGACCGGACGAGUGGGGCGUCCGCCACGAAGGCCAGCUGCAUGCCUUCGGCUAUGUGCAGGCCUCCAAGGAGAUGCGCAAGUACACCGCUUGCUGCCCGGAUAUGGAGUAUGUAGCCAUCUGCGAGACCUUUCGCCAUGUGCUCGUCUAUUGGCCGCGUCACGACUCAGCCGACGGACUGCGCAAGCGCAACGGUCCGCCCGUCACCGUGGGCAAACAGAACCUCAUCACCAUCGACCACACUCUCGGCGAGAUCGUGGGCAUUACCACAGCCAACAAUGUGAUAACCGUUCUUACCAAACGCGCUCUGCUCCACCUGCAGGUGUAGCAGGGUAUCAAUUCCUCCUGGCUUGCAGCACUUUUUGGACUUUUCUAUUUUUAUUUACGUUUAAAAUUUAUCGUUGAGUAAACAAUAAAUGGAAAUUGUUAAACCAUCAA